GUACAUGUUUGUUUAUAUUUAAUACGAGUGUGUAUAAAAUUAACUUGUUGUAUAGAAAUGCACAUUGGUCAAGUAGAAAAGUCUUUAUUCAAAAAGAAACGACAUGUGCUAAAGCGUAAGGAAAUGGAAAAAGAUUAUGUGGAAUUGAUUGCAGAACAGAAGAGAACCAUGAAGAAGAGAAGAAUAUCUACUGAUAAGAAAGACUUGCCUGAAUUAGAACCAAUACGUGAUAAGCUAGAACAGCUUAUUGAGCACCAAUAUGCAUCCAAAACAAGUGUGACAUCAGAUCAACUAACAGCGAUACGACCACUGCUGGAAAAUGUAUCAUCCAAUGCAGAUUAUUUUAAGCAAGUGAACAAAUUUAUAAAGGAAUCCUCUUUAAAAUUAAAAAAUGAAAACAUGCAACAGCAGCAAAAGGAUGAUUCUGACAAAGAAUAUGCUGAUAAAAGAGCGAUAUAUAAGCAAGUAAAAAAGAAGUAUGCUGAAAGAGUCAUGGAGAGCCGAAGGCUGUUUCUAGCAAAGAAAAAGCUGGAGCGUGAAACAAGGGAGGAAGAAAUUAAACUAUCAGAAAGAAUUAAAGAAUUAUACAAGGAUCCCAAAAUACAAGGAGCAUACAUAAAAAGCCUAAGGCUAAAAGCUGCCUGUCGACAAGUUCGUACAGAAGUUCAAUUAACAAGAGAACAAGUUAGGACUUUACAACAGCAAAUACAGGAACUUGAAACAAACAAAAUCACUCGCAGGCAAUCGAUAUCCGUAGAAGAAUUGUUUGACACUAUUGCUGAAAAGCAAAAAAUAACACGAUCACUUAUCGCAACUAACGACGCGACCAGAAUGAAAUUACGAGAGGAAAUGCAGCGCCAGAAACGAAAACUACGCACUCAGUAGCUUUGUAUAUAUGAAUGACCCGCGAGUUGUUUAGGUUGAGAAGUGUUUGUAAGAGAGACAAUAAAGCAAAACACAAUUAAACAAACAGUAAAACGGUAGGCCUCCUCCUACCCAAGACAAUACAACAACUAAAGCGAAUUAAUCGGCGUUGUUUAUUGAUUCACCCUUGUAACAAUAUUUAUAUCUUUGCGACAUCAAACCACCGGUUGCUCGUUCAGUGUAAGAGCUUGUUUGUGUACUUCUCGUGAUAUAAGUGUCAACAAGGAUAUAAUUCCGUUUUCGCGCCAAUGCAGUGGUGAUAACUCGGGGCAAAAAA